AUGGCGUCUACUGCUGCUCUACAGCGCCUCCGGGCCUUCUCAACCUGCGAUAUCGGCGACGCUCUCGUCAAGCUCAAAUACCCCUACGGCGGCUUCCUGGACGGGCUCUCGAUGUGGUCACCGGAGCAGCGGACGGGCACGACCAAGAUCCUAGGGCCAGCCGUGACGGUCAAGAUGGUCCCCGCGAGCGACACCGCCUCCCCCAAACCGGCGGAGCACUUCGCCGACUGCAACGAGGCGGGCAAGGUCAUGUACAUCCAGCAGCCGCGGGAGAUGUACUCGGCCUGCUGGGGCGGGCUCAUGUCCACGCGGGCCAAGUACCUGGGGGCGGCCGGGGUGGUGGUGGACGGGCGCGUCAGGGACGUAGGGGAGCACCAGGAGAUGGGGUUCCCCGUGUUCGCCAGGGGCACGUCCAUCCUGGGCAGCAACACCUUCACCAGGGCCUCGGAGAUCAACGUCGCCGUCCAGUUCAGGGACGACCUGUGGAUCAACCCGGGGGACGUGCUCGUCGGCGACAGGGACGGCGUCGUCGUGGUGCCGCCCGGCCUGGCGGAGCAGGUUAUCGAGCUGUGCGGGGCUAGGGCGGAGAUUGACGAGCAGACUUUCGAGGCCCUCAGGAAGGGGGAGUCUAUGAAGUCGACGUUGGCGAGGUUGCGCAAGUAG